GGGGCGGGCGUUGUCCGCGGAGCUGCGGGGCGGGGGGAGCUCUGCUCGGCGCUCCCGGGUAGGAGGUGUGCAGCUCUCCGUGCCGCUCCGCACCGUCGCGAUGAGGACGCGAACCGCCGUCGGAGCUGCGGCGUGCGCCGGGCUCCGGCUCGGGGACGGACAAGGUCUCUUCUAUGGACACUGAACACCCAGCUACCUAUGCCUAUUGCCUGUGAUGGAAGAGCUUGAUGUUAAUGUGAGUUCGAGUGAGGGCUUCGGCGUAGCAGAGAAGAUCGUACUGCUCACCUUCAUCUCUGCAGUUAUCCUGAUGGCCAUCCUGGGGAACCUGUUGGUGAUGGUGGCUGUGUGCCGGGACAGGCAGCUCAGGAAAAUCAAGACCAAUUAUUUCAUCGUUUCUCUUGCCUUCGCGGACCUGCUGGUGUCAGUACUGGUGAUGCCGUUUGGAGCCAUUGAGUUGGUCCAGGACAACUGGAUCUAUGGGGAGAUGUUCUGCCUCGUCCGAACAUCCCUCGAUGUCUUGCUCACCACAGCAUCGAUCCUGCACCUGUGCUGCAUAUCACUGGACAGGUACUACGCUAUCUGUUGCCAGCCACUGGUGUACAGGAACAAGAUGACUCCACUGCGUAUUGCUGUAAUGCUUGGAGGCUGCUGGGUAAUCCCAACAUUUAUUUCUUUCCUCCCUAUCAUGCAAGGCUGGAAUAGCAUUGGCAUCAUUGAUUUGAUUCAGCAAAGGCAGUUCAACAAGGCUUCCAACUCCACGUACUGCAUAUUCAUGGUCAACAAGCCAUAUGCCAUUACCUGCUCUGUGGUGGCCUUCUACUUUCCCUUCCUGCUGAUGGUGCUGGCCUAUUAUCGCAUCUACGUCACCGCCCGGGAGCACGCCCGGCAGAUCCGGGUGCUGCAGCGCGCAGGGACCCCUGCUGACAGCAGGCACCAGCCUGACCAGCACAGCACGCAUCGCAUGAAGACCGAGACCAAAGCUGCCAAGACCCUGUGCAUCAUCAUGGGGUGCUUCUGCCUGUGCUGGGCCCCCUUCUUUGUCACAAACAUAGUGGACCCUUUCAUAAACUAUACGGUGCCGGGGAAGUUGUGGACAGCUUUCCUGUGGCUGGGCUACAUCAAUUCAGGGUUGAACCCCUUCCUCUAUGCCUUCCUGAACAAGUCUUUCAGACGUGCCUUCCUCAUCAUCCUGUGCUGUGGUGAUGAGCGAUACCGAAGGCCUUCCAUCCUGGGGCAGACAGUCCCCUGUUCCACCACCACAAUAAACGGAUCAACUCAUGUGCUAAGGCAUUAAGGCAGUCACAGAGACCGUGGAAUUCCCAAGGCAAAGCAAAGCAGUCGGGGUGGGACAGCCCUGUGCUGCGGCCACCCUCCCCUGCAGCCCAAGCAGCUGCACGCAGGGCCCCGGCACCUGGACGGCCUGCAGACCACAGCCUGGAAGCACAGCCCCUCCUCGCUGCUCACUCAUCUCUUCCCCAGCUCUCCUGGCUGAGGGCUAUCUCUUGAUGUCAGAAAGGUGCAUUGAGCUUCAGCUGGUGAAUGUGUGCCUUCACUACCACCUUUCCCCAUGGAACAGCGGUGGCUGCUGGAGGAAGGAGUGAUGGUGAUGACAAGGGGCACGAAUGGGAUGACCUCACUGUCCACCCCAAUGAAGCCCACAGAAGGUGUACAGUAACAGCAGCAGGAGCCUGGCUCAGCCACAGCUACAUCAUGCUAAAUAUUUCUUCUUGCUUUCCUUCUCCCUUGCACAUGUACCCCUGCUCAUGGAAACAACUCAUUGCAUAAGCCAACAGGAAGAGAUUUCUGGAGAGAUGUUCACAGGCUGUGUUUUGGGAGGUAUUGCAUCCUGGCUCUGUUUGGGCUGCUGAAAGCAGGAUGGUGCUGCAGGGACCCGGGAUCCAUCUCCUGGCUGCAGCAGCUGGCCACAGCCAAGGAAUGGCCUUGCUGCUGCUUUGAGAGGAAAAAGAGAUCAUGUAUUUCAAGACAUGCACAGCUUUGCUUGGACAAGCUUGCAAAAUCUAGCCUAGAGAUAAGGGACUGAAACAUGGGGUCUCCCAGCAGUAGUACAUGCAGCUUCAAAGCCAACUCCUUGCAUUGGCAGAGCACUGAGCUCCACCUGAUUAGGUGAAUGGGUAAAACCCACUGCUAUUGGUUCUUCUAGAACAUCUGAAUGUUGUCACUUCGGUUUUGUUUUUUGCCUUAAGGAGAAAGAAGCAAGCAGCACAUAAGCACAUGGAAUCACAGUGCUCACUGUAGCAAUUGGACAGAUCAAUACAAUGGGAAAGGCAUAACAAAAAAGGUGUGAUGACAGAAGGACCAGCACAAUAGAAAGGUGCUGUAAAGGAAUGGAAGAAGGUCGCUCACCUGUAUCAGAAGACUGUGGGUUCACAGGGGAAAGCUUCACCAAGGAGGCAUCUCCAGAAAGAGACCCUUCCCCAGUGGCAGUCAGCCCUUAAAUGAGGUCUAAGAGAGGUGCAGCCGGGCUGCAGCCUUUCUGCUCACACAGCUGAAUUGCCUUCACCUGUGCUCCCAGGGCUGAGCGGGUCCUUUCCCCAGGUGCUCCAUCAGUGGUUCAGGCCGUGACUCAACAGUGACCAUACACACACAAACAGAACCAGCAAGGGAAUGAAAUCCUGAAAAAAGUAUUUGGAUGAAAAAAGACAUGAAUUGCAAACAUAUCUUCUUGGCUUAUUUUGACCAAAUUUCAAAGUGAAGUGGAAAUGUGACUCAGUUUUUGAACACAAAGGAUGCAGGGUUUUGGCUUAAAACCGAAUCUUUAUUUUAGCACUAACUGCACUGUGAAUAUCCUUCUGAAAGGUUUUUUUUCCCUUUACAGAUAUUGAACAGAUUUUUCUGUAGACAUUCUGUGAUUUUUUUCUUAUCACUCAAGGAUCACUUGGGAAAGAAUUUCAGUGGCAGAGUAUUACUGCCCAAAGCUAUACAGUUGUUUACAGAAAAUCAUCAUAGAAUAAUAGAAUCAUAGAAUAGCUUAGGUUGGAGGAGACCUCAAAGAUUAUCUUGUUCUAACUGUCCUGCCAUAGGCAGGGUUGCCAACCACCGGCUCGGGCUGCCCAGGAUCCCAUCCCACCUGGCCUUUAAUGCCUCCAGAGAUGGGGGCAUCCACAGCUUCUGUGGCUGCCUGUUCCAGCACCUCACCACUCUCCGAGUAAAAAAUUUCUUCCUAACAUCUAGCCUAAAUCUCCCCUCUUCUUGUUCAAAGCCAUUUUCCCUUGUCCUAUCACUCUGAGACUGUAAAAAGUCGGUCCUCCCUCUGCUUAUAAGCUCCCUUCAAGUACUGGAAGAUCACACUGAGGCCUCUGGGGAGCCUUCUCUUCUCCAAGCUAAAGAAGCUCAACUCUUUCUAUCUUUCUUCAAAGGGCUCCAGCCAUCUGAUCAUCCUCCUGGUCCUCCUCUGGACCCAAUCCAACAGCUCCAUGUCUUACUUGUGCUAAGAGCCCCAGGUAUGGGCCCAGGACUCCAGAUGGAGGCUUACAAGGGCAGAGCACAGGGGGACAGUCCCCUCUCUCUCCCUGCUGCCACCCCUCUGUUGAUGCUACCCAGGAUACUUUUGGUCCUCCAGCUUUUCAUCCAUCAGGACCCCCAAGUCCUUCUUUGGAGGGCUGCUCUCAAGGAGUUCUUUUCCUACUCUGUACUCAUAUCUGGGAUUACCUCAACCCACGUGCAACACCUUGCCCUUGACCUUAUUAAAUCUCAUUACAUUCUCCACUUUUUGAGUGUGUCCAGGUCCCUCUGGAUGGUGUCCGUUCCUUCUGUUGUGUCAAUAGCACCACUCAGCUUGGUGUCAUCAGCAAUCUUGCUGAAGGUGCACCUAAUCCCACUGUCAGUGUCAUCGAUAAAGAUGCUGAAGAGCACCGGUCCCAGGACGGACCCCUGGGGGACAGCACUCAUGACUGUCCUCCACCUGGACACAGAGUCAUUGACAACAACCCUCUGGCUAUGAUCAUCUAACCAAUUAUUUAUCCACCUAAUAUCCAGCCUUCAGAUUCAUCUCUCUCCAAUUUAGAGAUAAGGAUGUGAUGCAGGACCUUGUCAAAGGCCAUGAACAAGUCCAGGUACAUGACAUCAGUUGUCCUUCCUUUCUCCAUUGAUGCUGUCACUCCAUCACAGAAGGCCAGGCAGUUGGUCAGGCAUGGCCUGCCCUUGGUGAAACCAUAAUCAGACCAUUAUGGCCAGAAAUUCUGCCUGGCAGGAACUGCCUGGGAAUUUUAAUGACCCAGCAAUAUGGAUCAGAGCUCUGACAGAGUGCAUCAUCUUCUUCACUAGAAGGUCAUUAGCCACAAGAUGGAUAUUCGGAUUCAAUCUGCUCUUUCCUUCGUUGCCUCAUUGUUUGCAGUUCCAUGCUGGAUUACCAUAGAUCAUUUUGGAAGCACUGACACCAGUAGACAUUUUCCUGCCCUGGUGAGACUUGGAGCAAGUACAGGCUAUGGAGCCUUAGGACGCCAGCUGUAAUUUCUCAAGCUGUCACUUACUGUUGGGAGCCAAUAGGCGAGAGAUUCAUGUUUGCAAAGUAAACAAAGCACAUUCCCACUAAAUUCUUUUUAGAAAUUUUCUAAGAAAAGGAUUGAGACAUCCCUCUGACAUCUCCAUCCCUGCAGUUUAGCUUCUGUGUAAUUCCUCGUUUAGACAGGAGUUUAGAGGGAGGAUGUGAAGGUUUUUGUUUCCAGAGAAUCUGAUGAGAUACUGACUGGGUGCAGCUAGUGUCCUUGCAUAUAUCCAGACUGGGAUUUUGGGUUUUGUCCUUGUUGACAGGGUUUUAUUUUGCUUCAUCUUAGCAAAUCAAUGCAAACAUUAUGUUUGCAUGCAGGCAGACCACAGCACUCCACUUUGCAGUGGCUGUAGGACCAGAUAGGAACCUCUGUGCAAGGAGCUCUGUCCUUAGGGAUGCUCCAGUGCUCAGCAAGAGGCACAGGAGAAAUGAAUGAACUUUUUCAUCUAAUAGGGAGAGCUCUGUUGGUGGACUUCUCUUUAAAAUGCAGUAGUGACAUUUUUUGUCAGCUGCAGCUGCCUGGGUAAGCUGUGCUGACAUCUAUGGGUGAUGUCAGGCAGCCCUUUUCACCAGGACCAUAUGUCUGUGAGUACAGCCUCAGGCAUGACCAGAAGUAUAGCCCACAUAGUACUGCAGGAAGGUAUCACAGGGGUUUCCAGGGUCUUUCUGCUCAAUACUGAGCCAUGGCAAGGCAUUUUUAAUGAAAACCAUAGGGGUGACCCAGACCAAGACCUGAAGAACUUUCAGUUCAUUUUAACACAAGCCCCGGGCUGAUCCCUCUGGGCAAUGCCACCAAAGAUUGCUCAGAGUUUCCACCAGAAACUUUCACUUUGAGUAUUGGCUGCCCAUGUCAGGCAAGGGCACCGCACAGCUCCACUCCGUACCCACACGAGGUGGGCUUGGGUAGUGCUGCUGCAUGGAGGCACAGCAGGGGUCUGCUUGCUGCCUAUCAAUACUUCAAAGGGGGUCAGACUGGAAAGGGAGAAGAAGCAUUUGAACGAAGGAGUAAUGGUGGCACAAGGGAAAAAAAGAUAGAAUGUGGCUAGGAAUAAAUUCAAGCAUGGAAUCAGAAAAGAGCUUUUGGCUAUCACAGCAGUGAUGUUUUGAAACAAGCUCUCCCUAAGACCAGUGGGGGAAAAUGGCUAACUUAUGGCAAGCUGAAGCUUCAUGAAUAUAUAAAACUUGUGUCAUUGUAUGAUAUGAUUGUGUCAGCAGUUGGGAUCCCACAAAGCUCCGCUUUGCCCUUAAUUCUAAUCUUUGUGGACACCAGAAGCAGCCCAAAGGCUCUUAGUGGCCUCCAAUAGCCUCUCCGUGGCCCCAGAUAGGUUUCACUAUUUGUGCCUUUGCUCUUAUUUCCCCAUUUAUUUUUCAGGGUGGCUAUCUGAUAGUCGGUAUGUGCAAAAUAUACUGAUGUGUCAUCUCCUUCUGCCAUUUAAAUCCAGGCUGGGUAAAGUAGUUAAGGGUAGAAUGGGAAGGAGACAAUUUUGUACCAGGGAAGACUCAGACCAGGGGAAUUAAGAGUAUAGCAUUCACUAGGUCUUAUUCUUUGCCAAUAGCAUUAAUAUUUGUCAGGAGAUAAUCUGGUUUUCAGUUGAAUUUCCUUAGCUGCAAUUCCAAAAAGGUGUUCUAUAAAAAUAUAUGAGAUCAUUAGACUCAGUAACAGAUAAAAGAGUUCUGUAAUUUCUUGGAGGAACUCUCUUGUAGUUUUUCAUGAAGCUUUGCCAAUAUUUGCAAUCAAACUUAUGUUCCAACAUCCUUGGCACGAUUUUACAACUUGGCAGCAACGUUCCCUACAGUCACAGCACUCACAAACACUGACUGACAGUGUGAAGGCUCACAAGCAGGACAAGGAGAGCUAUAAAUACCCGGAGGUAUGUGAUAGCUCAAACAGGAGAUACAGGCUGACCCAGGAAAUGCAGGGUGAGAUUAUGCAAGCUGUUACACAGAGAACACGGGGAUCUGGGAAUUCAGCUGUUCAACAGCAGCAAAAGUUCACACCAAAACAGUAAGAGAGAUGCACACAUGGAGGAGUUGUUGUAUUCUGCUCUGUGCAGCAUCAAAGGGCCUACAAGCCGAAAAUGGAUGUCAUCUUCUUCCUUUCCCCUCAUCUUCUUUUGAAGUAAGCUGCAUGGAUUUCUGUUUCUCCUGGCUUUUACACAUCUGGGUGCCAAUGGCACACCAAGCUCUUCCAGGCAGCUGAUGUACACCUGGUGCUUCGGCAGCACAGCCUGGAAUCUGGACAUCAGGAGAAGGAGCACAAAGGCCAAGAGCUGCAAGAGGAGGGGACCUCCAGCACGGCCUGGAAAAUGAGGAGCCUGAUUUGCACCACUAAUUGAAGGCAGACACCUGGUUUGCAGCAGGAUAUUGCAGCUGGGAACAGCAAUGGGAGUGCAACGGUGUCAGGGCAGCAUCCCUGCUGUGCUCAGCCUGGUGUUUGAGCUGCAUGGUGGUUCCUGCAGCACAGCAACCACCAGCAUUGCAGCAUUGCAGCACUGCAGCAUGCAGUGCACCUCCAGCUUGCACGGGGGCCGACUUAUUUUUUUACUGUGGGUGUUUUCUGAAGUUAUUGCUGAAGCCUUUCUUUUUAUUUGUAAAUGUGAUAGGCUUUUAUUGAAGUUGGGCUAUCCCCAGGGUAGGAUGUCGAGGCACUAAUUUCUUCUCCCUCAGCUGUCAUCUUUCAAGUGUGGGGAAAGGUUCUUCCUCCCACCUCUUCCCUGCUUUUUCUUUCCUAGGGAUCUGUGCUAAAUUUAAAAGCAGAAUAGUGCUUGGAUCUUUCUUGACAAAUGAAGAAGAUGGAAAAGGAUGAAAGUGGAGGGGAAGGUGUGGGACAACCUCAGCUCCCUGCACCGGCUCCCUCUGCCUUCUGUGGGCAAUGUGUGAGCCCAUCGCCCAGCCUUUGGUCCUCUCUGACCACUCAGUUCCCCCACCAGCUCCUGCCAGCCCCCACCAGCCCAUCCCACUGCCCAUACCAGUACAGGCCAGCUCCUGCUGGGAUGCUUCUUGAGUACGCUGAUGACUGUGUUGGUGAGGCCCCCCUUCACCCCAAACUUGCCUGUCUUGCCCAUAAGUACACAUAUAGUGGGCUGAAGCCUGGUAUACAGCUCCAAAAAUACCUCACCAGAGAAAAAGGAGAACUUUUGAUAAAAGAAAAAGCUUCUUGUAAUUGUACAGACUGAAAUCAAGAAAUUUAUCUUAUUUCCUACAGAGGAGAAAGGGGAUUAAGGUUUUAAAAUACCACAGUUUCCUUCAAUUUCAGUAAGGUAAUCUCUUUCAAUAUGUCAGUAUAUUGGAAAAAGAUUAGAGCUGUGAUAAAACCCCUUUUGUUAUUUGGCCUAAUACAAGACUCAGGAUCAGAAGUUCUGUUCUGCAUUGGUUUGUUGCUGGUAGGGAGACUGAGGGGUUGAAAGGCACCUUGAGCUUGGAAGGGACUGAAUGAACCACUAUUUUUUGUCAAUUUUUAAUUGCAUGGCUUGUGCUUUGGGUAACGAAGCCUAUUGCUGUAUCCUGGUGGGGCAGAAUCCCCAUUACUGCUUACCUUCAGUAAUUUGUUGCCCUGAUCUGUGCCCCCUGAGGAGCAGCUGACUCCUGGCUCAGCAGCACCCAGUGGUGGUGUGACCCACACAGAACGUGGGGGUCCCCGGGAGAGCCCUUUCUGCAGGAAGCUGUGGGAAUUGGUGCUCCCUGGGCCGCUCGGGGAGCUGUGCUGCUCCUGACCUCCUGCUCGCUCUUUCUGCCCAUCACCAGCAGAACCUCCCUGGCUUAGCCCCGCUGCUCUGUAAAGCAUCGCUUCAUCUCUUUAUCACCUACGAACAUGGAAAGUAAUUGGGUUUACAGAAGUUUGCAGCAACCUGGCUGUGAGCAGCCCCUGCAGUGCUGUCGGAGGACAGUGCUGGAGGGAAGGGUGAAAAGCGGUGUGAAAAGCCAGGGGGGGAGAGAAGCCGUGGGGAUGGCCAGAAGUGCUGCAGGUCAACGUCUCCUCUCUGUGCAAUUACUGCUGGGCUUCACUUCACUGUCUCUCUUAUUCAAAUGGAAACUUUAAGUAACUUACAUUACUUGUUGUCUUUUCCAAUUAAACCUCUCUGGCCUUUCUCAUGCA